AUGUCCGCCGCACGCUUUGUCCCCGUUGUCCGAUCUCGAAUGAUCACUACUGCCCCGGCGUCAGUGACCCUGCGAUCUCUCUCGACUACCGCCAGACUGGAGAAGGGCCCCGUGGAUGCUACCAAGGAUACCCUCAAGGCAGCCGACCGGGUUGUUUCCGACGCAGCAGUCAAGGGUAUUGAUCUCGGCAGAGAGGCUACCGAGAAGGUCAAGAAGACCGUCGGCACCACCAGUGCAGAGGCCGAGGCAAAGGCCCAAGAAGUGAAGGGUGAUGCUCACGAGGUCUUGGGCAAGGGCAAGGGUCAGGCUGAGGAGCUCGCCGGGAAAGCCAAGGGAAAGGCACACGAGGUGGAGGGCAAGGCCAAGGAGGCCAAGCGGGAGCAUCUGGGUUGA